GAAGGACACUCUCGACUUCCGGUGAACAGUAAUACAAACACGUCGUAUUCGUUGGAAGGCCGAAGGGCUAUGUCAAUCUGAUUUUUGAUGAUCACUGAUCCAGACUAUUUUUGUAUACCUGAUUGAGAGGUACCAUCAGAUAUGUAGAAAUUACAAGUCAUGAUUCAGAAAAAUGUUCAGCACUAUCCCACGACUUAGCAUGUAUCAGUUUCGCGGAAGAGUGGGCGUAUUUCUGGCAUUUGUGCUGAUAGUGGCAUUGGUCAUUGUGGUCACAGGAUAUGAUGAUUUUAAACAUAAAUUCAUCUCAAAUUCAGUUUUCAAGGACAAGAGGAAUCCCUAUAUAUUUAAUGGAGAAGCUACUCUAAGUGUACCACAGAAGCAUUUGAAAGGAAACAACGGCUUUGCACAAGUCGCACCUAGUAACAGCAUCAACAAUGACAAGGAUAUCUAUGCCAUUGUGUUUGAUGCAGGAAGCACAGGGUCUAGGGUUCAUGUUUUCAAGUUUAAAACAUUACCAGGUGGAUUAUUGCGAUUAGACAAAGAACUUUUUAAGACAACCAAACCUGGACUAUCAGCAUAUGCAAAUGAUCCACAAAUGGGUGCAGAGUCUCUAAGGCCUAUGGUAAUUGAGGCCUUAGCUUUUGUUCCAAAAGCCAAGCAAAACGUUACUCCCAUUACACUGAAAGCUACUGCUGGGCUACGUCUGCUGUCUGAAGGGGUAGCUGACAACAUUCUUAAUGAGGUUACACAGAUGUUCAAACAAUACCCCUUCCCAUUAGGUGAUGUGAGCAUUAUGGAUGGCAUAGAUGAAGGAAUUUUUAGUUGGAUAACCCUAAAUUACAUAUUAGGUACCCUCACCAAUGGAAAUAAGACUGUUGCUGCCUUAGAUUUAGGAGGGGGAUCUACACAAAUAACAUUUGUUCCUCAGCAUAGGGAAACUGUAAAAGCUGUUCCCAAGAACUUCACAAGUAAAAUUACUUUGUUCAACAAAAGCUACAAAUUAUACACACACAGUUAUCUUGGCCAGGGAUUAAUGUCAGCAAGAUUUUCUCUUCUGUCCGAUGAUAAAGAACCAAAUGAGGUGACAAAUACAACUGUUCUCUCUAGUCCUUGUCUUCCAAACAAAUUCGCGGGAAACUUUAGAUUUGGGGCUCAUAGAUACCGAGUAGGGAGUACCAGUGAUCAUAGGCACAGUGUAUACAGUGCCCUGACUAAUGGUAGCUCUUUCAAUGCCUGUCUAAAGGAUGCAGUUAACUUUGUGGACAGAUACAUGGCAGAUGUUAAAGAACUCAGCAAUGCAGAUAUUUAUAUUUUCUCGUACUUCUUUGACAGAGCCAACGAUGCUGGGAUCAUAGCAAAAGAUGGUGGACAGAUGACCAUCAAAGACUUCAAAAAAGCAGCUGCACAUUAUUUUUCCAAGCCUUUGCUUGAUCAUCCAUACCUGGGAAUGGAUCUAACCUAUAUAUAUGCUUUACUUCAUGAUGGCUACCAUAUACGACCCAACAAAGGACUAGAGGUGAUAAAGAAAGUGAAUGGGACUGAAAUAAGCUGGGCUUUAGGCUCUGCAUUUCAUUUAUUAUACACCAUGGGUUUAGCAAAAUAGUGCAUCAUUCCAUAACAGGUGGAAGUAUUUGAUGACUUAUGACAGAUAUGGGAUCUACAUGGAAUACAGUGUUCUUGGUCCAUCUUUUUCGUGUGUGACAAUUUUUUUGUAUAGAAUAAGGAGAAGGAUGUAACAUGUCAUUUCAUAGAAUUGCAAACCUUUAGCAAGUUAUUUUCUACUCUGGAAUUGAAAUAAGGUCAUAAUCAGAUAUCAAGUUAUUUUAUGUAGAGUUUACUGAUUACAGUAUGAGGGACAUCCAUGAAGAUGUGGACUUAAGCUUAAUUGAAUUGGUUUAUUGAAGAAGAAAUGAUAGACCAUACAUCUCCAAGUUUCAGUAGAUGGCUCACAUGCAUAUAUGGGGGUCUAUCUCUCAACUAUUGAUACACACCCAAAAUCUCAGUUAUGCAGUUUUUCAUAUCUUCCAUGCUUAGAUAUUCAUCAAAAACCAUUUUAAACUCUAGUUUCUCUGCAGUGGUAGGAAGUAAUAUAUAUCCCCUACCCCCCUCUCCGGGGUAUACAUUUUGUUUUGCCCUGUUCGUCUCUCUAUCAUGUUUUCAGAUAUGACGUUAAAAUUAUAGGUUUGAAUUAUUUUGUGGAGAUUUGAAAAAAAAAUUCAGAAAAUAAAACUUUCAAAAGCCAAAAAAGAAUGUCAUAAAAUUUCAUCAUUGCUCCGGGUUCAUGUAGGAGUAGUGUAGGAGUCUGUAUGACAUACUUUUGGGUAAAUAUAGACUAUAGACAUGUACUUUUCUCGAAAAUUUGGGUAUUAAAAUAUAGUAUUUUA